AGUCUUUCUUUAAAUUUCAAUCCAAAAAUGUCGAUAAAAAUUUGCCUGGCACUUUUGUGCUCACUCGUGCUGAAUAAAUGUGAAGAAUUGGAGAUUCCGCAAGAAUAUAUUGACGCAAAAUCACCAAUGGAGUCACAAUUUUACCUGCGAAUCAUCGAUUCCAAUUUUCCAGGCCUGUACGAUAAUGUCUUAGCCAGCAUAGAGGCACGAAUUGCUGGCGGUGAGUCAACGAAUGCCGAAAAAUUUCCUUAUCAAGUUCUCAUGUACAUGAUUGAUAAAAAUGGCUCAAAUUUUAUUUGUGGUGGAAGUUUGAUAACUUAUGAGUGGGUGCUGACUGCUGCUCACUGUCUUCAUGGUUUUGUUAGCAUUGCUGUCUUUUUGGGCGUGUCUGAUCGUAUCAAUGGACCAACUGUAUGGUCUGGAAAUGUCACAAGUCGGAAUCAACUAUUUGUUCAUCCACAAUACAUCCCAACGAGUCAUGCUAAUGACAUUGCACUUAUUAGAUUGGAAGGAAUUGAUGCUGGAAUUUUAGACAAUAGUAAUGUUGCGACUGUCGCUAUUCCAACACAUGCUGAAGCUAAUAUCAGUUUAAUUGGCAUGAGAGGCACAGUCAGUGGAUUUGGAUCAACAUCUGAUACAAAUAAAGCCUCAAUUGACCUUAGAUUUGUAACAAUGCCAAUAAUUUCUAAUCAGCAGUGCCAAAUGACUUUUGGAAAUUUCAUUCGACCGACAAAUCUUUGUAUGAGCGGGAAUGGUGGAAGGAGUGUUUGCUCGGGUGACUCCGGAGGUCCAUUAGUAGCUGAAAUCUCACCAGGAGAGAUUGUUCAAGUGGGAGUCGUUAGCUUUGGUCACAAACACGGCUGCACUUUAGGCCACCCAGGAGUCUUCACAAGAAUUAGCAAUUAUUUAAAAUGGAUCGAAAGUCAUACUGGAAAGAUUCAAAGAACUCCAUCAAGUAGCACAAUUGGUCCUGUUGGUGGGUCUCAUUUAGAUGGAAAUUCAGCAGUUCAUAUUGUGAUAGGAAAAAUAUUUUUAUUACUCACUAUUGUGACUCAUUUUAUGCUGUAGAUUAUUUUAUUAAUUUGCUAGGUUUAAAUAAUUCAAGAUAAAUUUUCAAAAUAGAGUAAAAGUGUAGACAAAUUUGAUAGAUUUAAGAGAAAUUUAUUUUAAAAA